AUGAGGAAGAAAGUGUAAAAAAGAAGUUCAUCCUCAUCUUCAUCCACUUCUAGGAGUAGAGAGAAUGAAGUUAAGAAUCAACAUUCUAAAGUUUCAUACCAAGAGUACUUGCUUCAAAGAAAACAAAGAAGGGAAUCUAUUAAAAAAUCAAACAUUUGGCAAUUCAACAGUGAUUCUGAAGAAGUUCGAAGAGACUUGGAAACUAUGAAGGUGUAAAGGAGAUAACAAAGAUAUAUCAUUGAGGAACAAAUGAAAUAGGAGGAGGAUAAAUUAAGAAGGGCGAAAUUAGAUGCCAUCAUGAAAGGAGAACAUUUAUAAAAAGUACUUCCUUCUAAAUCAUAAGAAAGAGAGUAGCAAUCCCAACAAAAAGAGAUUGUAAUCUAAGAAGAAGUGGUAAACUAACAAGAAGAAAUCGAUUAGGAACAAGAUGAAGAAGAAUAAUACUACUCAGAAACAGACUCUGAUGAUUCAUUUGCUGAGAAAGUUAGAAAAUUAAAUGAAGAAAUGCAAAAGAAAAAAGAAGAAAAUGAUAAAUCCUGUCAAAUAGGUCCCAUGCCUCUAUUAUUUGAUAAAAACUUACAACACAGAACCAAUUAUGGCAGUCAACUCUUACCAGGGGAAGGAGCUGCAAUUGCUUAUUACAUUUAAUCAGGAAAACGUAUUCCUAGAAGAGGAGAAGUUGGAUUGACAUCUGAAGACAUUGAAAAGUAUGAAGGGUUAGGAUAUGUGAUGUCUGGAAACAAACAUCGCAAGAUGAAUGCUGUUCGAUAAAGAAAGGAAAUGCAGAUCUUGAAUGCUGAAUAAGGCAAGGCUUUGAUGAUAUUCAAUUACGAAUAAAAGAAAAACAAAUCAUCGAUCAAUUAUAGAAACAACUUAAGUUGA